AUGAAUAUGCUUCUGUUUUGGUCUAAGUAUUUUAUUAUCAAAAAGACCAAAUGGAAUCUUCAACAUUGGAAAUUGAACGAAUUCAAGCAUCACAACGACAAAGAGGAAGAAGAAAUCUUGGGUAGAAUGACAAAAAUUGAACAAUUACCUCAAUUGGAAUUAAUCACUUCAAUCGAUUCUCAAUUUCAAUUUCAAAUUAAAGUUCAUCCUCAAGUGGAAUCUUCUUCUAGACAUCGUAGGACUCUAACUCAUUUGGAUUCCUCUAACAUCGUCAGUUUAGAAGAUAUUAACUCCCAUUCAUGGUUUGGAAAUAUACAAGCAGAUUAUGGUUGUGGAAAGUUGGAGAUUUAUGAACUUCCAAUGACCAAUCUAAUCAGUUUCGUUUGUAGAGAAGAAAUGGAAAGAUCUGCAAUCGGAAAUGGAUUUAUCCCUCAAGCUAUUCGAUGGGAUUGCUAA